GCUUUUUCGGAACAACCGAGAAUUCUGGAUUUGUUAGGUUGGUUUUGGAUUUUACAGGCCUAAAAUAUCGAUUGCAUGGACCAAUUCUAUGCAGUUUUAGAUUUCAUCAUGGAAAGCAAUAACGAUGCAGAAUUCAGUGAUUUGUGCCAGAAGAUCAAAGAGGAGGUCUGUGCUGUAAAUUGUUCUGAUCUUCUAGAUGACGCUGUGGAAAUGCAUAUUGAAUUGAUAUGGAACACCAUUGAUAGAAUAAAAAGAAACAAAGAAACCCUCUCAAUUAUAGUUGAUUCUUUAGUGGAAAACAAUUUGAAAGGACUCACAGAAAAUGGGUUGUCGUUGUUGUUGGAAAAGAAGGAAGAGCUCGCUACUAUGGAGGGCGCUGCCUCUCAGAAUGUUCGGAGUUUUCUGUCCGUUGUCUGGAUUGUGACGGACUCCUCUUCCUUGUUCUGUCAUCAGUUAGUCUGUUCUUCUGUUGCUAUUCAAAAGACCUCACAAUUACUAGAUUUUCUUAAGGAUACUACUCCAAAUGAAUCUGUGUUGUUUUUAGUUAAGUUUAUUUUAGGAUGUUGGCAUAACUGCCUCAGACACGUGUCCUCAGCGGCUCAGUAUCAUUUCAGAGAACUUGAUAUCAAUACGAUAACACAUAAGACAAUAGCUAAGUUUGAGGACAGUCCUAUGAUUCUGGCGAAGGGUAUCCUUGUCUUGUCAUAUCUACUGACAGAAAAUGACGAGGAAGAGGAGGGACUGCUGGAAACCAACAUACUGGGGUUUAUUAUUCAGAUUCUCAGUCAGGCCGUGAGGGCCGGGGACAGGGUGUCACGGAGACAUGGAAUGAGUGUCCAGGAGGUGCUCCAAGGGAUAAAUAACCUCUCUGAAAAUGACAAAAAUAAAGAGGAACUCGUGACAACAGGUGCUCUACCAAUUCUAGUCCAAAUCCUGAAAGACAAACUAAAUCCAGGGGAGGUUAUACAAACUCUCAUGAUUAUUUGGCGAAUUUCUUUCUUGAAUCAAAAUUUUUCUAGAAUCAUAUCCGAACCAGAUUUAAUUAGUGUUGUAGAACGUCUUCAGUUUGACGAAAAUGAAAAGAUACGACAUUCCGCCACUGGUGCAUUGUGGGAAAUUAAACAACGCAAUCUUAAAAAUUAUUCUAUAAAUGAUGACCCUCGACCUCACGUGAUGAUCAGCUACCAGUGGGAUUCACAACACGUGAUGCUAAAGGUCAAGGACUCCCUAAAACAAGCCGGCUACAAAGUGUGGAUGGAUGUGGAAAACAUAAGCGGAUCCACGGUGGAGGCGAUGUCCCUGGCCAUCGAGAACGCGGCUGUUGUGCUCGUUUGUAUGUCACAGAAAUACAAAGAAAGUCCUAACUGUAGAUCAGAGGCGGAGUAUGCGUACAAACUCCGGAAAUGCGUGGUUCCCCUCCGACUUGAGCCUCGGUACGUUCCAGACGGGUGGCUAGGGUUAAUAAUAGGAACCAAACUCUACUUUGACUUCACUGCAGAAAAAAGAUUUGAUUUCAUGGUGGGAAAUCUAAUCAAAGAACUCGGCUCAAGGGGUCGAAUAUUUAAUAUGCCCGAUAGCACUGAUGGCAAAGAAAAGCUUGAGCGACACGACACGGUGAACGGUGACAACUCAUUACGUGAGGGACAAAACGGGGAGAAUGUUUAUUUGCAAUGGACCGGAGCCCGGAUAAAGGAAUGGAUUGAUAGCUGUAACCUAUCAAGUCCAAUCGAAAGACUCUAUGACCUAGACCCUGAGCUUCUGUCUGAACUACUCCACCUACAGUCUACUUCACCAGGCUCGCUGUACAAUGUCCUUAGAUCUGAUCUUCUCUUGAGUGGCCUGGAUGUUAUCAAAUUCUCUAAGGAACUCAGAAAACUUGCUGAUAACAAGCAUAUAUAAACCAAAUGAAACGUACACUAAUAUAUUGUACUUUUAAAAAAUAAUGUUAAUGUCAGCAUGUUUUAUUAUCAAUUCACAAUCUAAAACUGAUGAAAAUGUUAAAUUUAAU